AUCCGGUCUUGAUCCGGUCCAGUCUUGACCCGGUCCGGUCCCAAUUUUAUCUUGAUUUUUGGUGUUGGGGGUCUCUUAUCCGGUCUUUAUCCGGUUUUUUACCUCAAAUCUAAGCCCGAAUAUGAGAUUGCAUUGUUUGCUAUCCAGUCCCAGUCCGGUCCUGGUCCAGGUUAUACGGUCCGGUUUCGGGUAAAACCAAACAGUCCGGGACCAAAUAGCCAACCCUAAUAGCAUCUAAUUCUUUUAUAUAUGGUAUUUUUCAAAAUUGUCCAUCUAUAAUUUUUUCACAUCAAACUUGGUCUUUCUACUAUGUCCAGUGUUGAUAUUUCUAAAUAAUACGUCCCUCUAAUCUAGAAAUGAACGCUUUAUAUAUUAGAUCCGCCUGUGUACAAAGAUAGUGUCUCUUUUGGGUUACGAUUAAUGAUACUCCCUCUGUUAUUUCUCAAGUCCUAGAGUCUCUUUCUGCGCUAACUUUAGCAAUAUGCACCGAAGGUCUUUUUUUUUGUGGCUUAAUUUCUCCAGCAAUUUCAGUUAAAUAUUCAGAUUAGGGAAUUACGCCACCUGUCUCUUAUAUCUUCUUUGUGGAUGACUCCGUGUCUAUUUUUACACGCUUUUUUUUAGAGUUUACCAGUUUCUUCUAUCUUUAUUAAACACACGUGAAAGCCUUAAUUAUACCGCCAGCCUAUGAGUCAAACUGAGAAAGUAUGGUACUCUCUUUAACAAUCUUUCAUCCUUGAGUCUAAAUUGGGUUCCAAUUAGGGAUGGCAAUGGGUCUGGUUGGGUCGGGUUUUGUCAAACCCAAACCCAAAACCAUGGGUUUAUUCGUGAAAAAAAGCUCGGGGUAAAACCCACUGGGUUUGAAAAACUCAAACCCAACCCGCUGGGUAUCCGUGGAUUCAUGGGUAUCCACGGGUUUUUGUCGUAAAAAAUUUACAAUAACAAGUUCCUAUCAAAAUUAAAGUCAAAUAUCAAUCUCUCAAUACAAAUUAUCCAUAUAUAAAACACCAUUCUAGAAAAUUCAAGCAAAUCACAAAUUAACUAUACAAAUUGUUCAACACCAAUCUAGAAAACUCAAGAAAAUUGAAGCAAAUCACAAAUUAUCCAUAAAUAACAUGAUUAAUUGAAAGCUUCUUCCUUUCAAUUAAGUUUUUUCAUUCUCCACUCGAUAACAUCAACUUCAUUCUACACAAUUUGAAAGAAAAAAUAGACAUGCCUCUACAAACAUAAAUAAGAUUAUUGUUUAGAAUAUUAAAUAUACCGAGAAAAUUAACUAUAUGGGUGUGAGCGGGUACCCAUGGGUCGGGUUUACCUAAACCCAAACCCAACCCAACCCGGUGAAUAGUGAACGGGUUUAAACCCGAACCCGGCCCAAAACCCGUCAACGCGAAUUUUACCCGCGUUGACCGGGUUGGGUCGGGUGGGUACCCGUGGGUUCGGAUUUUGUUGUCAUCCCUAGUUCCAAUCCGUCUCGAAGAGAGGCAAAGUAUUCUUCGCGCGAAAGGGAUCUACUUGCUUAGGGCCUUAGUUAGCAAGGGAUAAAUGGGAAUCCAAUUUAGCAGGUGUGUAAUAAUAUAUGUAACCAUGGUCCAACUUGAGUGUUCUUUUUUCUUCUUACUAAUUCACUACUCGGUGACAGCACCAAAAAAUAAAAAAUUGCCGUAAUACUCUUGCUUUGGGAGACUGUGGUUUGCGGUUGAUAAAACAAUUAUUCUGGAAGUCAUCAAGUGGGAGGUCCACUUGUUUUUUUUUUUUUUUGGUAUCCUCGUUGGUUGUUGUUGUUGCAGGCAGGCAGGCAGAGGGACAAAAUCCAGAAGGAUUGACAUUGGCGCAUUGACUAGUAUGAAAUCAAAAAGAAAACAAACGGCCGGAAAACUGUUCUGACAAAGUACAGCAAUCCGUAAGACAGACGACGACCAUAGCGGCAACCAACAAACGCGUUAGCUGGGAAUACUACGAUCAAUCCGCCGAUCCAGCACAUUGCAGAGGAGAGAGAUGGGAGGGGGAAGAAGCAAAACUGAAGUCAACCUCGUGUCGCACCAAGAGCAGAAGGAAGGCUUUAGCAGGCCUCAUUUUGUUGACUUAGUGGUGUCUUUGCGUUUUGGGAUCGAGAUUUGUUGGUUUCGGGGGUGUUAUUUGGUGUGGGAGCGGAUACAACUUUGUUGUGCAUGACCCGUCGCAUUAUCGUCACAUCACCAAUUAUGGAAUGUUCUAUAAUAAUUUUUUUUUCUAAAAAUUUUAAUGGAUUAUUUCUCUUUUGUUUGAAGUCGUAAUUUUUUUUUACACAGAUAAAUCAGAUUAACUUGUCCAGUACCCAAUCCGCUGGGUAUCCGCGGGUUCAUGGGUACUCGUGGGUUUUUUUGUGGUAAAAAAUUUACAAUAACAAGUUUCUUUCAAAAUAAAAGUUUAACAUCAAUUUUCUCAUACAAAUUAUUCAUACAAAAAACACCAAUCUAGAGCAUACAAGCAACCACAAAUGAUCAAUACAAAUUGUUCAAAACUAAAGAUAAACAUCAAUAAACAAUAAGAUUAAUUGAAAGCUUCUUACUCGUCAACUAAGUUUCUUCACUCUCCACUUCAUAAUAUCCACUUCAUUCUAAACAAUUAGAAAGAAUGAAUUAUACAUGUCUCCACAAACAUAAAAAAUAUUAGUUGUUUAAGGUAGAUAUAUUAUUUAGAAUAAUAAAUAUACCAGAAAAGUAAUUAUAUGUGUGUGGACGGGUACCCAUGAGACGGAUUUACCUAAACCCAGACCCAACCCGACCUGAUGAAUAGUGUAGCGGAUUUAAACCCAAACCCGACCCAAAACCCGUCAACACAAAUUUUACCCGCAUUGACUGGAUUGGGUCGGUGGAUACCCGCGGGUUCGGGUUUUGUUGUCAUCUCUAAUUUUCUCCCCACGAAUAGAUUAUAUGAAAACCGUUGCUCUACUAUCGGAUCCGAGAACAAGCGUAACUCCGUAAGGGGUCGGACCGGACCUCUUUGACAGGGCCCAAUUUUGCAGCAAGCGUACGGCCCACCUCCAGGCCCAUAUCUCCGGAUAAUUUUUACAACCGAAAGGUGGACCUCAGUGCCAAAAAACUGGUGGCCUGAAUUGAGUCGCUGAAAUUAGCGGAGCAGCCAUGAGAAUAUCACCUUGGAACGAAGAACAGAGCAUGGAAAACAAGUUCCCAUUUUAAUCAACCGCAGCUAAUCCCCGUCCUUCUCCGGCCCGCCGCCAUGGCUUCUCUUCCACUCAACCCAUCAUCCACCGCCGUCCCCGCCAACCUCCGCCGUCAACCCUGUUCCCUUCUUCCUCUCUCCUCAAAUUUGAAACCCGCCGCCGGUGGCCGAUUCAGAAGAACAAGACCCAACCUAUCUUCUCAACCAAAUGUCGCUGCUGUCGACAAACAAGAAUCAAUCACCGCCACAAACAAUCCCAAAAUCGAUUAUGGAGUUGUUGGAGUUCACCACGUCGGAAUCCUCUGCGACAGCCUCGAAACGUCGCUCGAGUUCUACCAGGGGAUGUUGGGUCUUGAGAUAAACGAGGCAAGGCCUCACGACAAGCUUCCGUACAGAGGAGCUUGGUUGUGGGUGGGCGCCGAGAUGAUCCAUCUGAUGGAGCUCCCGAAUCCGGACCCUUUAACCGGACGCCCUGAACACGGUGGCCGCGACCGCCAUGCUUGCCUCGCCAUUCGAGAUGUCUCCAAGCUCAAAGAGAUCCUCGACGAAGCGGGACAUCCCUACACACUUAGCCGGUCCGGGAGACCUGCAAUCUUCACUCGCGAUCCGGAUGCGAAUGCGCUGGAGUUCACUCAAGUCGAUUGACUCCCUACAGCUUCAGCUCACAAUGGCAUUAAAAUUUUUCAUGCAGUAUCCGAAUAUAUGCAAGAGUAGAUGAAUUACAGCACUGUACAUAGUAACACUUCCCUUCAAAUAUAUGCACCUGUCUUGU